UAACUUCUCCUUCACGUCUCCUCGGGUUGCCAGGGAGAAAGUUUGCUCCAGCGCAAGAAACGUGUCCGCGAAGCAACCCGUCUGCGCGCGACGUUCCUUCCCCAGCAAACUAUUUGUCAGCCCGAUUAUUUGCAAAAUCAAACAUAGUAUCGGCGGUGUAAAUAAAAGGAGGCGGGGGGUGUGGGGGAGAUAAAGUGACGAGCAGAGAAACCAACUCCAGGACUUCAGAAACUCGUGGCUUCUCUCUUGGAGCGCGCGGUCAGCAUGACGGAGAAACCUCCACUGGACAGCAACGAGACUCCAGCCUGGUUGGGUGCGGGUCGGUCUGAAACGCAGCUUACAGCGGGCCAAGAUCCAGACGCAGUUGAGACAUGCGAUGCCGACCGACCUGCAUGGGACUCUAAGAUCCAGUACGUGUUGGCACAGGUGGGGUUCAGCGUGGGCCUCGGGAACGUGUGGAGGUUCCCGUACCUUUGCCACCAAAAUGGAGGUGGGGCCUUCAUGCUGCUGUAUGUUUUUCUUUUAACAAUUGUGGGAGUUCCACUGUUUUUCAUGGAGUUGGCGGCUGGCCAAAGCAUUCGCCAAGGGAGCAUCGGUGUGUGGAAGCACAUCUCCCCAAAGCUGGCCGGGAUCGGUUACUCCAGCUGCAUCGUCUGUUUUUACGUGGCUCUUUACUACAAUGUUAUUAUCGCAUGGAGCCUGUUCUACAUGGGCAAUUCCUUUCAGUAUCCUCUGCCGUGGGAGCACUGCCCAACUGAUGUGACCACCAAUGACACAGUGAAGGAGUGCGCAGGUUCUUCCCCAACGUCAUAUUUCUGGUUUCGGAAAGCUCUUAACAUCACAAACUCCAUCGACGAAUCGGGAGAGUUGAACCCAAUCAUGACGGGGUGUUUGUUGGCGGCCUGGGCGAUCGUGUCUCUGGCUAUGAUCAAGGGCAUCAAGUCUUCUGCUAAGGUGAUGUACUUUUCCUCGGUCUUCCCCUACGUGGUUCUCUUUAUUUUCCUCAUCAGAGGGUUGAUGUUGGACGGUGCGAUUGAAGGAAUCACCUUCAUGUUUUAUCCUAAGUUGGAAAUCUGGGGUAGUAUGCAGGUGUGGCGCCAGGCUGCUACACAAGUGUUUUUUGCCCUGGGACUCGGCUACGGCUCCGUUAUAGCUUAUUCCUCCUACAAUCCCGUCCACAACAACUGCCACAGGGACGCGCUGAUGGUCUCAGGCAUCAACUUCGCAACGUCCGUUCUGGCCUCGCUGGUUGUUUUUGUCGUGCUGGGUUUCCGCGCCAAGAACAUUGCAUUACGCUGCGUGGCAAAAAAUCUUGGGUCUUCUAAGCAUGAUGUCCUCCUUUGAAUCGUCUCCGCUCUUGGCCGGCUCGGUCGGCCCGGGAUCAACGCGAGCGAUCCGAGCGCCGUGUCUUUAGCUGAAUACAGAGAGUGGUACAGUCACCACGGCUCAGCUCUGGCUCCUAACAUCACGGACUGCAGCCUGGAAGAGGAGAUGAACAAGGGCGUAGAGGGGACGGGGCUGGCGUUCAUUGCAUUCACAGAGGUGAUGGCCCUGUUCCCUGCCAGCCCCUUCUGGUCCACGCUGUUUUUCCUAAUGCUGCUGAACCUGGGCCUCAGCACCAUGUUUGGGACCAUGCAGGGAAUCCUCACACCUCUCAUGGACAAUUUCAGCCUUCUGGGCCGUCACCGGACUCUUCUCACUGUGUCCAGCUGUGCGUUGGGCUUCUUGAUCGGACUGCUGUUCACUCAGCGCUCGGGCAACUAUUUUGUGACUAUGUUCGACGACUACUCUGCAACUCUACCGCUGGUCAUCGUUGUAAUCUUUGAAACCUUUAGUGUGGCGUGGGUUUAUGGAACUGAUCGAUGUUUUCUGUCACCGGCAGCUUCCCGGGAUGACAUUGAAGUCAUGCUUCAAUUGGCGCCCUCCAGUGGUGUACAAAUAAUCUCUGGAAAAUAUGUUUGUCUGCUGUCGAUGGUUGGUCUUCUUACUGCAAAGUUUGGUUGCGUAUGUUCUUUAAAAAGGCCCACGUACACCGCCUGGAACCAAACCACAGCCUCUGAGGCCACUCUGGAGUACCCAGGCUGGGCUCUUGGCAUGAUCAUCACGCUGAUCGUCUGUGCCAGCCUGCCCGUUCCCAUCGGCUACAUCUAUUUCACGUUGAAAAACCCCAAAGCCGGUAACACUCGCUCCGCGGACGGAGGUGGCCACGAGAUGCACCGAGAGUUUUACACCAAGUGCAGCUCCACCGAGCAGCUGGAGUCGCCUCACCGGGUUCCCGCUGAGGAAGACGAGGCUCUUCCCAGGACAGCCUUCCUGGCGACGGGCAACGAAAAUUACCGACUCUUGCCCCAGCUGGAGGUGGAGGAUGAUGAUGAUGAUGAACAAGAUACAGAAGUUUGAACAUUGCUUAGCGAGGAUGAGAUGUUUUAUACGUUGAACAGAGUGCAUGCUGGGUAAGACCCCGUGACAGAGAUUGCAAAGUGAAGGGAGCUUGGUCAUAAGCGUAAUCGUUUUUGCGUUGCAGAUACAUCAGAAACUAACAUGCUGCUAUAUUUGAUGAAGCAAAGGAUUCAUGGAAGGUUUUAGAGUAGGAAAGUGACUCCAUUGUCUUUAGUUUCUGCCGGCCUGGUUGCCUACGUUGACCGGCUCUUUGAGGAACACAGCGAUGGACAAAAAUAGGCUUUAUAACUAUUUCUAGUUGUGCCAAGUAUGCAUUGUAUAAUGUGAACGUGUGCGCGUGUGUUUGUGUGUGAAAAUGUGCGUUCAUUUUUGUUGUAACAUAGUUUGGAUUUGAAAUUACAGAUGUUAAUAUGUCAGUAAAAUAACUUUAUUUUACAUUAUAUUUGUAUAAUUUUACCUCACGAGACCACAGAAAUGUUUCUAAAUGGCACAAUGUGUUCAGCGUAGCAUGAUUGUACUGUACUAGAUGAGGACUCAGUAAACCUCUAGAUGGCAGCAACUUGACUGAAUAGUGAUUUCUCCUUUUUUUAAUGAUUUAUACUUCACCUUUGAAUCCUAAUUAUUUCAACCUUCCUAAAUCGAAAACAGUAUUGUUUAUGUUUAUUAAGGUUAAGAAAGUCUAAGAAAACAUUUUGUAUUUUUUUUUUGUGCUAAUUUGUCAUGAACCUGAAGGCCCUUUUGCAGAAUACGUUUGGUUAACCAUCAUAAAUGAACAUUUUGGCUGCAAAUACAGUACACCAUGUUGUUAUGCAGGUGUCAUACAUUUAAUUUUGCCACACACACAAAGCUCAACAUCAAAUCAACGUGUGUUCAACCUUUCAGAAAAUUGUGCAUUAAAAGUUAUCUUAAUUAUAA